UCCUCCCUCUAUAUAUACACACCUCCACCCUGUUCCUGGGUCCUCUCUUCCACCACCUCCAACCCACUGCAACCCCAAAUCUCCAUCUCCUUGCAGAAACAAAGAGAGGAGCUCAGACCCAAGAAGCAGAGGCAGCUAGCUUAGCUUUGUUGGAGCCUUGAAGGUGUCCAAGCUGAGGGAGACGACGACGACGGCCGCGACAGGCUAGCCGACCAGCUGCUAGCUAGCUCCCGCGGAGCCGAUGGCUAGCGCCGACGUCGACGUCGGGACGGAGCUCAGCCUCGGGCUGCCGGGAGGCGGCGCCGAGGCGGCCAAGGCCGCGAAGAGGGGCUUCGAGGACACCAUCGACCUCAAGCUGAAGCUGCCCACCGCCGGCAUGGAGGAAGCCGCCGCCGGCAAGCCGGAGCCGGCCGCCGAGAAGGCCAAGAGGCCCGCCGAGGCGGUGGCCGCUGAUGCCGAGAAGCCACCCGCACCCAAGGCACAAGCUGUGGGUUGGCCACCAGUCCGAUCAUACCGCAGGAACGUCAUGACCGUCCAGACAGUGAAGAGCAAGAAGGAAGAGGAACCCGAGAAGCAGCAGCCCGCUGCCAAUGCUAGCAGCAACAGCUCCGCCUUCGUGAAGGUCAGCAUGGACGGUGCGCCCUACCUGCGAAAGGUGGACCUGAAGAUGUACAACAGCUACAAGGACCUCUCCAUUGCUCUGAAGGAGAUGUUUAGCACCUUCACAACUGGGAACAACAUGAAUGAGGGGAAAUUGGUUGAUCCAGUGAGUGGUGCCGAUGUUGUCACUACUUACGAAGACAAGGACGGUGACUGGAUGCUUGUUGGCGAUGUCCCGUGGGAGAUGUUUGUCGAGUCAUGCAAGCGCCUAAGGAUCAUGAAGAGUUCUGAAGCCAUCGGUCUUGCACCAAGAACCAAGGACAAGUGCAAGAACAAAAGCUGAACAAAAUGCAGCGUUAAGAUGUUGCGCAUUGUGUCAUAAGAAUGGUGCCCUUGCAGUGUGCUACGGUUUUCCUAGAAAUAUAAUGUGUUUUAAUUACUAGUGGAGGGAGCUGUCUUGUUCAAUUUGUUCAUGGACCAGAAGCAAUAAUCUAUCUGUGUGUAGCUGGAUUGGUGUUAUGUGAUGUCCCCUACCGUGUGUCCCAGAAUCUACUUGGUGAUUUUAUUCCAGUGUUGUUAAUCAAGCUUGUGUGAUUGUUAAGUAAAGGGCAUCAAUGAGACUAUUAUUAUUAUGGUAUCUUGUAAGUUAACCUGUUUGUUAAUUGUCAAUACAAUAUUUGGCAA